CCUCUUCAUCAUCGGAGAUACGAGGGACGUUACUGCUGAUCUAUCCCCGAACCUCCUCGUAAUAAUCUCGAGAGGAAACAAAAACACAUUCAGUUUUCCAUCCCCGAAUUCUUCUGGAAAAUCAAGGAUUGUUUCCGGAAGAAUUCGGAGAAAUGGAUGAAAGCGGUUCCUCGAAGAUGAGGAUAGAGGCGGUGAAGGGGAGGCGGGACUCAUACUGCCUGGAGAUGUUCUCUGUGGAAGUUGAAAGUGCGAAGCAGGAUGUGAUGCAUCUGGAGAGGCUGUACAACAGCCUGCAGGAAUCCAAUGAAGAUAUAAAAAAGGCAGAGGAUUCGGGGACGAUGAGAGAUAUCCGGGGCCGCCUCAACACCGACCUGGACGACCUAUUCAAGCUGGCUAAACAGAUCAACAAGAAAUACGAGGGCCUCGUUCGGGCCAAGGCCGCCCACCGUGGCUCCGCAGACGACCAGGUUCGGGCCUCCAUGAUCUCCGACAUCGUCGAGGCCCUCCAAUCCGUUAUGCGCAAUUUCCAAUCCCUCAGGUCCCAAAUGGAGACCGAUCAUAGACACAUUAUCGACGCCAAGUUCUUUGCAAUCACUGGGGAGAAGGCGACGGCAGAGGCCAUCGACAGCCUGAUCGCGAGCGAGGCCGCAAGGGUUCCGCUCCACCGCGAGAUGGAGCACGGGAGGGACUCGGUGGCGGAGAUUGAGGAGAGGCGAGACGCAAUGAGGGAGAUCCGGAGGAACCUCAUGGCGCUGCACCAAGUGCUGCUCGGCAUAGCAACGCCGGUCACCGCCGACGAACAGGGUGGCGGGAACAGAGCAGCAGCUGCGGGGGAUGAGGCUGCGCAGCCGGUGCCGACGCCGUCGGGUGGAGGAAAGGGCGGCGGGACGGGGACGGGGGUGCUCAAUGAUUACGAGAAGGAGACCCGAAAACAGGCUUAUAUUGCUAUAGUCAUUGCUUUGGUGAUUAUCUCUGCACUCGUCAUCUCCAUUCUUAGAGUUGAUAAUCAAAUGGAAAAUCCUUCAUAGAUAGUCAUGCUGCGGCUGCUACACUAUUUUGUUCAUGUUCAUAAUUAUACACUCUGUUUUGCUUCUUCAUCUUAUCUCAUCAUUAACUAAUUCAUAUCC